AAGUAUUUUGACCUCUAAGUAGUGAAUAGGUUUUACAGCUUAACUAUGAACGCCGUGGAAAUUUAUUACUUUUUUAAUUGCACAACAAUCGCUGAUCAGUUUACUACUUCUGCAUUAUAAAUGAUGCCGCUAAUAACGUCAAAUCAAGCCUUCAAUAUGAAAACCGACAAAUCCGCAAAAAAAGUAUUAACAUAACAGCAAGACGAGAUUACAAUUAUGACACAAUCUUCUACUCACGACGAAAUUGAUGUCAAAAAAAUACUAAACUGGCGACGUUUUUCACGAGAUUGGGAAAAGCCGUUUGCAUUAAAACCCUUUGGACACCAAGUCGGCGGCAGGGCGUCAAUUUUGUGCUAUAAUCCGUCAACAAUAUGCAAACCGUACGUGUCAAGGGAGUUAUAUUUUUACCACAAUAUGCCGACCUAUUUGAAAGAAUUUACCCCUGAUUUCAGAGGUACCGUCAACGUGACGUUUAUAGAAGAGGUCGAUAAUUCUCCGGCAACCAUCUACGCACACCCAAAGUCACACAUCAAACCUCGCUCCCAUGCAAUGAAACCGUUAAUUGAGGAUCCAAAACCUCACUCUAAGCGAUGUGUAAAAGAUUAUGGGAAAACGCACGUAAUCUUUCCUACAAAUUUGGUGAUAUCUGCUUUGCGGGAAAAUAGCUCUGACAUCAUUUCUGAUGACAUGGACAUGCUGACGUAUGGUUUCGGUGCAAACAUGUCGAUUCGAAGUCACACAAGCGGAAAUAGGAACGAAAUGGAAGGAGAGAGUAUGGGAUUGCAAAACCCAUGGAACACCAAGGUUAUGGUGGACGCGUUAACCAAAUUACGAUCAAAGAAUACUGAAGACAAGAAGAAGUUCCACACAAAAACAAAGAGGUUUAUUCUGUUAGAAAACGUAACGUCUCCAUACAAGCGACCAUGUGUGCUGGACCUGAAAAUAGGAACAAGGGUUCGUCAAGAUGCUUCGGCCGCCAAAUUAGCUCGUCAUGCUACAGCUAUCGAUUUUGGAGCUAGGUUGAGUGGAAUGCAGAUUUAUAGUCCGCUUCGAAACGAGUUCGCUUACUUGAACAAAUAUUACGGUCAUAACCUUACCGUGGAAGGUUUUAAACGAAAGUUUGUCGACUUUUUCUCCAGAGGAGCAGUCUCUAGUUUCAGGGAUGAUUCCAUGACAGCAGAAGACCAGCAACUGCUGUUUCCAAGCAGUUCAUAUCACAGCCUUGUGGACAGGCGGUUAGUGCGAUGCACGAUUUCAAAACUAGAGCGCUUGAGAGAAGCAAUAUCCAAGAUUGGGAAUCAUCGCUUUUAUUCCUGCUCCGUGUUGUUGAUAUACGAGGGGCAGUUGGAGACUGAAGACGAGUCGCAAACAAAAUGUGCGAAAAUUAUCGCCUCGGGAGAUUCAAACAGCAAAACCGCGGGCGCUGACACCUUUAAAAGAAGAGAAAGACCGAAAAGUGUUCAUUUGCACUCUGUGUAUGAUACGGAAGUCCAGCAGCAUGACACAGAUUCAAACAGUUGCAAUACGUCGGCAAAUACAGUCCAAAACAGUGGAUGCGAUCGUCAGAAAAAGCAUUCACCGAAACGAUAUCGUCGCACAAACUCUUGUAGUUCACUGUCGAAAUGCUUUCCCGGUUCCAACUCCAGCACACCGUCCAGUUCACCUGCUGACUGUCCUCCGUCGGUCGAUGUUCGUCUCAUUGAUUUCGCGCAUUAUUGCUUUCACGACCACGUGGUACACCCUGGUCCCGACGGAGGUUUUCUGUUUGGUAUUGACAACGUCAUCGCUCUGCUUGGUGACAUGUUGACGUCAUAAAUUACAAUUUAACACCAAACACGGCCCUGUUGUCAGGAGUCAUAAGAUGUUCAAUAGUGCAGUUAGACCACCAUGGUACCCUGUGAAAUACUAAGUAUUGAUAUGCCUUAUUCAUUCCACAAUAUGGGCAUAUCAUAACAUGUUUUCAUUCCCUUCGUUUUUAUUUUUGCAACCCGUAAAGUUGUUGAUCUGAAGAUCUCUUUUUUCUUUAUCAUGUCAAAUGCAGUUUAUUGUAAGUAUUGCAUUCGUUGGACUAUCGUUGUUUUAAGUUACUUGUUGUAUUUGCUUUCAAGCUGCUUUAAAUGUACAUUGCGAUCUGUUUAAUUCCAUAUUUCUUGUUGCAAAAUCAACAGCGUGUUGACUCGUCCCGCCCUAUAUUUUCCUUUUCCAUUUCAUGACUUUUAUAAAUUCCACUUUAAGUGUUGCUUGCUUAUCGUUGUACAUUCAACAAAGAAAUUCAGAAGAUA